CGAAACACCACAGGCCCUAGUUCAAAAAUUGCCACCACGUAGCGCUUUAAAAUCAUGCGAAAUACCUUAUGCUAUUACUCGCUCACUAUUAGAGUAAAACUUGUUUUGAAAACUGAUUUAUUCUUGUAAUAUCUAUAUCCAUGUCGCUACCAUGUCGAUUUAUUUUUAUUUUUUAUUUAAACAAAAAUAAAUUUCUUAAUUUCAAAGGGAUCCAUUUUUUCAAGAAAAACAGGUAGUCAUUUUGAAGAUUUGAUGAUAAAAAAUUUUUAUCAUUUUUCAGCUUGAAAAUCGAACCAGUGGUUCCAUCGGAAUCAUAUUUACAAGUUUUAUCUCUAAGAUUUUUUAUGCGCUCCUACCCUCCACCCCAUCCAAACGUCACUCAGGCACCUUCCACCCCAACACACAAGUCACUCACCCACCACCCCACCCACAAGUCAGCCUUCAUUCUUAGAGCUCAGGCUGGUCACAACUUUUCUUAGUUCUUCAGCUUGUUCACUUGUCAUAUUGACAGUGAUCGUGGCUAGUACUAGGACAUAGUAUUUCCAGACGCACUCCACAUAUAAUUUAGAUUUCCGUAUUAUAUAUGUUUCUCUGGCAUUUUCGGCCGGUAAAAUGGAUUUAAGACAUACGGUGAAGGGAAAGACGAAGUUGGUUCUUUCAGCCAGGAGAAUGAAAAGGCGGCUACCACCAGAAUUUCAUGCUAACAGACGUAGAAGGAUUGAAGAACAAACCUUAUCGCUCGAAGCGCCUUCAUCUUCCCAGGCUGACAGUGUUUCAGCAGAUGCCAUUUCUGUAUCCACUGAAAACUUUCAACCCAGUGCAACGUCAACUCCUAAAGGAAAGAAGAGAAGACCACACAACAGAAAAGUACCAGUGCAUUUGAUGAAAUGGAGAUUACAGCAAAAGAAAUCUAAAGGAGAAGGAAAAUUUGGGCCAUCAACAUCUUCUUCCACCUUAGAGUCAAAUCUAAAAAAAGCGUCCUUGAUGGCACCUCUGAUUUUGCUACAAUUGUGCCACCAUUCCCCUCAAUUGGUCUACAACCAGCUUUGAACCAUGAGAUUGAUACCACCUCAACGCGAAAUAGUGGAGUUUCUUACGUGGAGAGUAACGUCUGUGAUACUUUCCUAACAAGAUAUGAUGAGUAUCCAGAUCUAAUAGUUGAGCCGGAUGGAAGACCACCCAAAGACGAUUUUAAUAUUAUUUCUGGCCGAUUUAUUGUGGACGGCAAACAUCUUGUGCAAGAAUUGAGAUCUUUGGACUACCAUAGAUACGAGUGUGAAAAAAGUGAUAAUGGUUAUAUGACACUGGUGUCUUCAACUUCAAAAUCAUCAGAAUGGACAAUGAAGUUCGUUGUAUGGACAGCUCCACGAACCAGCUGCCAUAAAUGCGUUUCAAGAAAUGGAAGAAAUUCAAGUUCAGCCUUGCGGUUUGUUUGUUGACAAAGAACAUGACUUCUUGGCGGCUUCACCUGACGGACUGGUCGGAGGUGAUAAUCUGAUUGAGGUGAAAUGUCCGAAGUCUGCUGAAAACCUCACUAUCAGCGAAGCCGUGAUCAAAGUGAAAUCAUUCUGCUUGGAAAAACUACGUUGUGGAAACGUCCGUCUCAAGAAAAACCACAAUUAUUAUUACCAGGAAAAUUCAUAGGUGAUUUUUGAUAUAUCUAAGUAUGUACAACUUUUCUUAUCAUAAGCUAUUACAUCAUUGUAUAAAAAUCGAAUUUAUACGAUUUCCAACUUGAUUAACCUGUAUAUUUGCAGUUAUUGAACGAAAGCUAUAACAUGAUUUGACGACAUAGAUCCAAUACCUACUAAAUAGAAAGCUAUUACUAAGUAAUAGCGGGUAUUGAAUCAGGGUAACAUUGGAAUUAUUGUGUAAGAAAAAAUGUGUGGUUACAUCACCAAACCAGUUGAUGGGUGUCUGUAUUUUGCGAGUAAUCAUACAGAAUGUCUGUCGUUUAUGUGUCAACACGUGAGUU